GUAAGUGUCUCUUUUUUGUAAUGGCGUUCUUUGUUGUUUUUCUUGUAUCAUUGUUGCAGCUAACAUAUGUCAGGAAUCAGUCCACAGACCAGGAGACGCUGGCGUGCCCCACCCCCGGGCCUGUCCGUCAUGGGUCAGUACUGACCUGGGGCGGGAACCUGCUGGUGGAGUUUGUGUGUGACGAGGGGUUCUUCCCGAUGGGUGACAUUUUUGGAGCGUGUAUCGAGGAGGAGGGGACGUGGACCAUCGAUACACCAAUCUGUGUAGCAAGAGGGUGCCCUCUACCCCCCGCCCCGGCCUACGGCUACGUCAGCAUGGAUGACGAGGGACAGGUAGCAGAGUUCAUGUGUGGGCGGAGCCACUACCUGGUGGGGGCCUCCACAGUCUUCUGUGAGGGAGAGGGACGGUGGAAUAACUCAUCCCCGAAAUGUAUAGGACCUGGUAGUGAAAAUACGAGCAUAGAAAAGUUGAGGGUAAGAAACGAUACAAAAGAGGUGUCUGUAGCGCAGACCUCGACCUUGAACUUUACCCUGGAAAUUCGGGAGGCAGAUGGCACGUGCAUCCACCAGCGUUACCGCACUCCUCCCAUCAUCCCUCACGCCACGGUGGACACCCCGUACCACUACAACCUGUACAAGAGAGCCUGGGUCAUCUACGCCAAUUACACGUGCGAGGAAGGGUACCACCUCCAGAACAACCAGUCCCGUUACAUGUUUUGUCAGAGCUACAAGUGGACAUCUCCAGACAGCCCUGUGUGUGUCAAAGAUGUUAUUCACCCGUGCGUCCUGGACAACGGUAACUGUAGUCAGCUGUGUGUCCCGGGGGAGGGGCUGAACUACUUCUGUGACUGUUACCGGGGGUACGGGCUGGUGAACGAUGGGAAAACGUGCGCAGACAGGAACGAGUGCGUGAUAGACAACGGAGGGUGUGAGCAGACUUGUCAGAACACCGUGGGUUCGCGCUACUGUCUCUGUACCCAGGACUACGUCGCCGUCGGCAACGUCUGUUUUGAUAUUGAUGAAUGUCAAGAUUACAGGAAAAAUUUAUGUCCAAAUGAAUGCAUCAACACACCUGGUUCCUUUACCUGCAACUGUAGCAUACCUGGCUACCUGGAUAGUUCAUCAGACAAGUUCUGUCAAGAUAAAAAUGAAUGUCUGGAGAACAAAGGGAAUUGUCAAGAGAUCUGUGUCAACACUGUGGGAUCCUAUCAUUGCGAGUGUAGCAAGGGGAUGAAGUUACUGAAUGACAGCCACAACUGCACAGACGUGGAUGAAUGUGUGGAAGUUGGCACCAGGAUUUGUAAAAACGGUGACUGCAUCAACACAAUUGGGGGGUACCAAUGUCUUUGUCACCAUGGUUACCAACAGCACAAGGACGGAAUCCACUGUACAGAUCUGAACGAGUGUAAGGAUGGGAACAAUGGCGGCUGUCAGGACCUCUGUGUGAACACUGUUGGUUCCUUUCAUUGUGCGUGUUCUUGGAGCGGGUACCAGCUACAUCCCAACAUGGUGGACUGUGUUGACGUGGAUGAGUGUGCUGGCAAUAAUGGUGGAUGUGAGGAUGUGUGUAUAAACACGUUUGGGGCGUUCUACUGCUACUGUGAAAAUGAGGGCUACGUGGUUCAUGACAACAGGAAAAACUGUACUGUUUGUAGAGAACAUCAGUACAUUGAUGAGGGGAGAAAACUAUGCAUCAACUGUCCUGAGAAUUCAGUAGCAACACAGAAAUAUACAGCAACCUCUGUAAGGGACUGUUACUGUGACAACGGUUACCAAGGAGAUCCAGGGAAUGGCUCAAUAUGUCAGGAUAUUAAUGAAUGUGACAAUAACACCUUAAACUGUUCAGAGGGCUGCCUGAAUUUGCCAGGAAGUGCUGUUUGCACAUGCCCCAAAGGGUUCUUCUUGGAAAACGACAACAAAAGCUGCUCUGACAUAGAUGAAUGUUGGGAACAGAAUGGGGGCUGUGAGGGGAGCUGUGAGAACACUGUGGGGUCAUACCACUGUCUGUGUCCUCUGGGGUACCAGCUGAACUAUGACAACCACACCUGUCUGGAUGUUGACGAAUGCUGGCCCGACAAGUUCAACUGUUCUCAUGAAUGUGUCAACAUGGAGGGCAGUGCUAGGUGCUCCUGCCUUCAUGGUUACAACCUGCAGGAUGAUGGGAAAUCCUGUCAAGACGUGGAUGAGUGUACAGAGUACGGCGUACAGCUGUGUGAAGAUCGCUGCAUCAAUACCGAGGGAUCCUAUCAGUGUCUCUGUACUGACCUUGGCUAUAAACUCUCCUGGGAUGACUCCUCAUGCUCAGACAUAAAUGAGUGUAUGGAAGGGGAGAAUGCAUGUGAGGACCAGUGUAUUAACGUCCUUGGUUCUUACCGCUGUGAGUGUACGAAGGAAGGCUACACGGUCGGCAUGGACGGACGUACCUGUGACGACAUUGAUGAAUGUCAGAUGCCAAACGUAAACAAGUGUAAACACCGCUGUCAAAAUUUACCAGGCAGCUUUAUUUGUCGCUGUCACCCUGGAUACACAAGUACCGGUUACUAUGACUGCCUGCCAUGUUCCAUUGGUUACUAUAGCAACAUCAGUGACUUUGACUGUGUGCCAUGUCCCCCUCUCUCCACCACAAAACAGAUUGGCAGUGUCUCCAUUGACGACUGUGUGUGUAUAAAGGGUUACCAUGGAAACUUAACUUUGGGAGAGAAUUGCACAGAUCUUAACGAGUGUGAAGUGGACAACUUUGGGUGUGAGCACAAAUGUUUCAACACUUGGGGCUCAGCCAUGUGUGGCUGUCAUGAGGGGUACCAACUAAGUGAAGAUGGCAAGAAUUGUACAGACAUAGAUGAGUGCACCUUUUACAGCCACUACUGUAUUGACAAAUGCAUCAAUGUUCCUGGCACCUUCAAGUGUGGAUGUAGAGAAGGGUUCGUGAUUGGGUACGACGGCCGUUACUGCAAUGAUGUAGACGAGUGUGUGGAGGGCCACCACUGUGAGGACUGGUGCGAGAACACCUGGGGCUCGUACGUCUGUCUGUGCAGGAAACUUGGCACAGUUCUGGCCCCGGAUGGAGUCUCCUGCAUGCUCUCCCUUGAUGAAAAGCUACCCUGUCCCGAGGACAUAUUUGUGGAGAUCCAUCAGUCCCAGAGCGAGGCUGAGGUGACCCUGCCUGACCUAGUGACUUAUGAUGAUGUGGAGGUAACCCCUGAGUGGGCGAGGAGUAAGGAGGGAUUCCCCGUGGGGUCUACCACUGUGACCAUCCAGACCCGGCCGGGAUCCCUCUACAAUGACUCCUGCAGCUUCUCAGUGCACGUACUUGAAAUAUGUGGACUUGGACGAUACAAAGCCCAAAACAGCACAAAGUAUGCCACCGCCUGCCUGGAUUGUGAACUAGGGACUUACCAGAAUGACCGUGGAAAAUCCUCCUGUAAAUCCUGCUUCCAGGGAAUGUACCAGGAUGAAACCGGCCAGUCGGACUGCAAGUACUGUGCCCCAGGAACAUACCAAAACAGAACCGGCCAAUCAAAAUGCUUGCCUUGUCCCCCGGGGACCUAUCAGGAUGAGUACGGACAGUACAAGUGUAAGGUGUGUCAUACCGGAACGUUCCAGUGGCAGGGGGGACAGGACAUCUGCUUCUACUGCCCCCCAGGCAUGUACCAGAACUCCACCAGUCAGGCCGACUGUAAGCGGUGCCCCAAGGGCUAUUACCAGGACGAGAUUGGGGCCGUUAAGUGUAAAAUGUGUCCCCCCGAUAAAAGUCUGUAUCCAGAUAAUGCAGGCAUACAACAACAGUGCCCAGACCUAGAAUAAAAGAAUCAAAAUUGGCAGAGGAAGAAUGAAUCAAACUUAGUGGAAUGGUGUUUGAAAUAGAAUUAUAUGUUUUUAAUGAGAGUCAUGCAACAGAAGAUGCAUUUUCAAAUGUAUUAAAUUUUACAAACAGA